UUGCUCCCUGCGUUGUAGCGAGAGGCAGCUGGCGAGAGGUGGGCGAGGGCGCGUCAGACAUGUUGCAAGAGUAAUCGAUACUGUUGUGCAUGUUUCCUUGAUGUUGGGUUUACUCGUUCAAGCUGUUACUGAAAUUCCUCGUGUCGCCGGGGUCAUGUGAAGCUGCCAUGGUCUUCUGUGGCUGCCUCCUGAUUCCGAACACCCGCACCUCGAAUCAUGACCUUCAUGCUGAAGAAGAAAAAGUACAAGUUUCAGGUUGACAUUCGCAUCGAAGAGCUGACUGCUGUGCCAUUCGUCAAUGCGAUCCUUUUCGCCAAGAUCCGUCUCCUCGACGGGGGAAACUUCUCGGAGACGUCGUCGAGGGAGGAGGUUUGCAACCACUGCGUGAAAUGGGACUCCAAGUUCGUCUUCACAUGCAAGAUGAGUGCCAACGCCAACACUGGGGAGUUGGACCCCUGUAUCUGCCGAAUUUCCAUCAGGAAAGAGGUCAAGGGAGGCAGGUCCUUCCAGAAGCUGGGCUUUGCAGACCUCAACCUGGUGGAGUUUGCCGGUGCAGGUCUCUGCUCACGGCGGUACUUGCUCGAGGGUUACGAUGCCAAGCACCGCCAAGACAACUCCAUCCUGCAGUUGUCACUCAGCAUGACACUUCUCUCUGGAGAUCCCUGCUUCAAGGCUCCCACACUGCUGCCGUGCCCUGCACCCAGUGAGCAGCAGCCCAGUGAGCUGCACGUAGCGGCCCCCAAGGUGGAUGACCACAGUGGCAGCAGCAUUGCAAGCAGCAGCAGUGGCUUUGGCAGCCUGCCUCGUAAGCAGCGACCUACCAUUGGCAGCACAUCUGCAGAAGGGGGAAAUGGUGGCGUGGGGUGCCCAGAGCCAGGCGAGCCCAGGCGGGAGGAGGACUUUGAACAGUGCCACUCACGCAAUUCGAGCUAUCACAGCCAACACUCUCGUGGCUCUGGUUAUGGCAGCCUCCAGUCACACUCGCGACAAGGUAGCUCCGAGUCUGGACAUGUCAGGAACCUGAGCUCUGGUUCGAGCUAUAGCGACACAUUCCCAGGAUCCCUGAAACCUCCAGAUCGAAAGCGCCCCAUCAGCAAGGUACAGAACUUGCUUUAUAAACAGAUCACUGAGGAACAUCGCAUGGACUCGACACGUGUCAAUGCUGACCAGCUCAUUGAGGAUCUCAUCCGCGACACAAACCUCGAGGCAGAGCCUGCCGAGGGACAAGGGCUGCAGCUCUUCAUAGGGAAGGAUGGAGUACCGGCUCUCAAGACUGGCACUUCGAGCAGCCUCAAAACCACCACCUCAUGUGAUUGAGCUCUCUCUUUGUGCAGCAGCCUUCUCUGCCCCUGUGUGAGCUGUACGUCUUUCAAUGUCUUCAUUCUUACUCACUCUCUUGGCCCCUUCCUUUUUCCCGCCCCUUCAUACCUGUGAAACCUGCCUUGCUUUAUCUCUACUUGGAAAUGUGCUUCCAACAUUUCCUCACCUUUAGUUUCAGAAACUGGCUUGGUUUCCUUCUUUUUCUGUGUACUUAUUUGCUGAAUUGGUUUCUCUUUCAAGCACUGUUGGCUUGUUCUGCUCACAACCACCAUUGUGACUAGUUUAGUUUCAGCUACUUCCAGUCUGGCAGGAGAUUAAAACUGAAAUAUAGUUUGAAGAAGCGUGACAGGCCACUGCUAAUGGAGCAGCAUUGGCAGGACUGCUUAUGGUUACUUUCCUUAUGCAUAUAACCAGGACACAGCAUAGGCUGUUGCUCUUAGAAGUGCCCUUCUUCAUUAGCGACCCUCUUGCAUUGUCCCCCUUCUGUUUUACUAUUUACAGUGGGUUGUCUUGUUCUCUAGAACACUUCUUGGGAUUUGCUUUUUUUUCCCUAUGAAAUCCUAUUCACUGAGAGCCUUUUUACUUCACAACUGCAGACACAGCUGGCACAGCCGAGCUUUAUACCAUGACAUGGCAGGGUGUAACAAGAAAAGUGACACAUUAACUUUUAGGCCACACAGAAAACUUGAAAUGAAAAAAAAAAACAAAAAAAAAACAAUCUGUGUGUCUAAUUGGCCAGAAGUUGUCCCAAACCUUAUAUUGCAAGAAAAAAAAGUAAGCCUGACUUUUAAAUGUCAAGACAACAUAUUCUGUAGGGGCUCUUGAGUGCGUGAAUAAAUUCUAGCAAAAUUAUUUUAAUUGGUAGCUGAUCACAGGUAGCCAAAUGGAGCAAUCUGCUCUGUUUUCACUCCUAACAAUCUUUGCAUACACAAGUGCUUGUGCCAAUGCACAGUGUCUCUACCUAAUAUUCAUUCAUCUUUAUAACUACAGCAGGGGAUAAGAAUUAGCUAAAAUUGCAGCAGGGUUUAAGAAUGUCAGCACUAUAGUUAAGUUUAGUAUUGUUUUCUUUUCUACAUUCAUUGAAUCACCAAACCUGCUAACAGAAACUUUGGAAAAGAAAUGAUUGCAUCUUAGUGUUGUGCCGAACUUAAUUCAGUGACAUAGGUUGUCAAUUUUUCUUUCUUCCCCCUCCCUUCCUCUUGCAUUUUUUCCUGAGGACUUGUUUGUAUAAAGUUGAAAAGCACUGAAGCCUUUUAUACAGAUUUGCAAUUUUCCUGCUGUAAACUUAGGCAAACAAGAUGAAGUGUGGAGACACAUCUCAGGAUACUCUCGAGGCCUCUGUAUGCAGAUUAAGAUAUUUGACAUUUUUCUUGCCCGAUGGAAGGAAGCAGGUAGCACCUUCUCAUUCUGUGCUCAUUUAAGUAGUGCAGAUAUAGGCUGUUGAGUUUGCAAGUCAUAUACCCUGUCCUGAUUGCAUGGCUACACACUGUUGCUGGAAAUAUGUAAUUUUUUUCCCCUCAUGCUGGCAUCCCCUUUCUUUAUUUCCAAGUUUUCUGUAGUUCUUUCUGCUUUCUAUGUGAAUUCAGCUUCUGAAAGCAAGAUACUGUUUUGUAGUGACUUUUAAGUGGUGUUUAACAAUUCAGAGAAAAAUUGGAGAUAAUGUUUUAAGACUGCUUAGGCCAUACUCCUUGUUUUCUAUGUGGCACUUUCUGUUAGUUUCUUUUUUAUUAAUAUUAUUAUUAUUAUUAUUUACUUUGUGUCUAAGAAUGUCUUGUCACUGAUGUUUAUUCCAAGUCCCUGCAAAGACAGUUGGUAAAAAGUAGCUAUGCUGUUAAAGAGUCUGUCUUACAGCUUAGGUGCAGUAACUCUGAAUUAUGGUUUCCCAAUUCUAGCUAUUCCUUACAUUGCACCCUAUAUUCCACCUGCUGAAUGUGAAUUUAGUCUGUGCCUAAAAUUCUUUUCUGGUCCAUCAUUUUGUCUGCUUCUUUUUAAUUUAAGGCUGUGGGGCCUUUGAGCAAAUUUCACAUAAUGGUUGGCAUGACAGUAAGCAUGCAUGCUUCUGCACACUUCGAAAUGUGCAAGAAAGCAAGUGUGCAGUAUUUGUCGUUUCCACAUGCUUUUCUACCCAGCCAUCGUUUUUAUUCUCUACUGUGUGUUUCUUUGUUUUUGUUGGGGGUUACUGCAUUUUGUGCAGAUAAAAGGAUUUGAGUGUACAUUAUGCUUCAACUUGCAUGGUACACAGCACUAAUAUAAGGCAGUGAAAAAACAAUAUGGAAUGAAAGUUGUUGAAUGCAUGGACCAAGUGUUAUCAGAAUGAACGAUUGUAUUUCGUGCAUAUAUGAAUGUGUGCAUGUGUAAAAUUUCACUGAAUGUGUGCGUCUUGUCAAGUAAUACCUGUCUCGGUGUUCUGUGUGUUCUGUUCUUGUUGUCCGAAUGCAUCAUGCCUCCAUUUGCUAAUACCUGCUUAUCUUCAAGAACUGCGUUGUGCUAUGUUUCGCUGCUUAGCUCCCGCUUUUGCAUGGCUGUGAACAUUUCCUCCAUAGAAUGAAUGUGCUUUCUCCUUAUUUUUAGCAACUGCUUUCCUUUCUUCUUCUCCAUCACCUUUGCUUUGCUCAGUUGUUGAGACCAAAUGUGUGCCUUCAAGUUGCUUUAUAUGAAUGCUCUAGAAUGGUUGUUCUUGAAUGGAAGGGCAUGCUGAGCCGUCCUCUCGCAUCUGCCCAGUGAGCUCUCACGCUAGCUUUUUUUUUUUUUUUGUGAAGAAGCUUUCUUCCUUUUUUCUCGAUGCACUUCUCUCUAAAGAAAAGGACAUAUAUUUAUGAGUUUGUUUUGUGUAGUGUGUAUUUAUAGCAUUUCUAGCAGCUUAGAUGUUGAAUAUUGUGCUUUGGACAUUGGUUUACAUUGGCAUGUGAGGGAGAACUGGCUUCUUCAAAGGGGUAUAACUAGAGCACAUUCUUACUUCUUUACCACUGCUGACUAACAUGCUGAUAAAAAUAAAAGCUCAGGGAAAUUUCAGACUCGAAAGCAGUAAUCUCGAUACUUGAGAAUCAAGAAAGAAGUAAAGUUACUGCAAUCAUAAAGGUGAGACAACUGUUGGCUUCUGCUUAAAGACAAAGCUUUUCUUUGUGCUUUAAGAGUUGCAAAAUGGAGUUAACAAGACUUGGGGUCCUCUGUAUUUUUUAAAGUCUCCCCUCCUCCCGUUUUAUAUUGGGGAUUGUGAGACUGUAUGUGGUUUUUGCUCUAUUCCUUGUCUUAGAGCUGUAAGAAGCAUGACAAGCACCCAUUUGAUGGAGUGUCAAGUAAUAUGUGGUAAUGCACUUUCUUUGUUUUAUUGCUGCAGACAUUAUCAAUUCUCGUUAUUACUGCUGAGCUAGCCACAGUUCAAAAUGGGUCUCACUUUGCAUUAGGUUUGCCACAACCAGCACAAUUCUCAGCACGCAGUAGCAUAACCUGCUUUCAAGUGAUAUGCCAUUUCUUUAACCAUGUCUGGAGCAAGUAGUUCCUUCUUUUCUUUUGUGUGCAUGUGUGUAUUUUUGGUCAAGAGCAACAAGUGCGUUCUCUUGAAAGAAGUGGAAUGUAUGUGCCAUGAGUGGCGCUGAAGUAUAAUUUAUGCUUCCGUUUUUAAUGUGGUGUGUGUCCAUUGCAGAAUUGAGAAUGCCUGCUUUCUCCCUCUUGGUUGUUGGGUUACAGUGCAUGGACUGAGUGGUAGAAAUGCGAAGGAAAUGUGGCCGUGACCGCAUGAAGAACCUUCUUUUUGUUUGCUUGUGUUGGGAAAGUUAAAUUGUUAUUGGAUGGCAUCCAAAGUACUCCAGUGCAUUCGAUUUACAGCUGUGUAUAUAAAAAAACACAAGGCCAUGUGUAUCGUUUUUAAUUUGCAUAAUCUUGUAGAGUUAUUCUCCUUUAACUGAAAAAUUGUUGUCAAGCUGACAAGCUGAACAUAAAAUUAUUGGCCUAAUGCACAGUGCAUUUCCUGGGAUUUCUACCUCUCAUUAGCAACUGCCCUUCCCAUUGAACAGAGAGCAUCCCUUGAAUGAUUUCAUGUGUGUGCAGAACUUGGGAGAAACUUCCUGAAGGAUGUAAUAAUUGUGCUAAAAUGGAAGCAUAGAGCCGGCCUUUUGCUUCCAUUUUGCCUUCCCCUUCCUGGCACCUUCCACUGGAAUGCAUGUGACCUUGCUGUGGCACGAGUGUUGUGUGUGGACCACACAUUUGUCAGAUAGACACACACUAUGCUCAGCUCCUUACUUGUUAGUCAAUGCCAUUAAAUACUGCAGCAAAUUAAUUUGUCUUGUAGGGCAUGUAGCCAGCUUUGUAGCAUUGGUGUUCUUUCAACAGAGUUGUGAGUUUGUACAUACCAGUGGCUUAUUCUUGGGCCACUGGUUGCAGCUUCGGAGUGGCGCAGCAAAACCACCCUUCAGAUGCUGUCUGGUGCUGAUUACAUCGUAUGAGCAGCCAGCAUCACAGAAUGAUGCAGGCAAACUGGCACUAGUGAAAGUACGAUGUUUAGUUGCAAUGUUCUCAUAAAAUGAACACAAAUCAAACAAAGGCUAACUGAUGUGCUGAAGCUAAUGUAAUGAACCUUCCCAGAUUUAGCCAGUUGUGUCCCCGCUUUGUUCUUCCACAUUAAUAUCUUACUUGGCAAAAGUGAAAUUCUACUUUUCACACUUCAGAAUUCAUUCUUUUUUUUUUUAAAGCUGAUUUACAUGCUAUUAGGCACUUAGUGGCACAACACUUCAUCAUGGCACCUUCAUUGUUGGUCUUAAACUGAUUUCGUAUGUAAGCUUCCUGCAACAUCACUAAAAUUUGAGUGUGGCACACUUAAUUGCAUGUGUGCAUUGAGUGAGUAGUUUGACUUAAUGUGCUUAGUUAUUAACUUACUAGGUGCCAUCAGUUCAGAAAGCCUGCUGUGCUACUCCGAAGGCGGUCAGUAGUCUUUGUGUUAUGCGAACAACCAGCUUAAGAACCUGCAGUUUCUAGUCAUUCCCAUUGCACCUGUGUUGAAGUGUGGUUCGGAAAAGCAUAAAUGCUGUCUUGUUCUCUCUCUCUCACAUUUCUUAUCAGCCGCAAUUUAAAAAAAAAAUAAUAAUAACCGUUGAAGUAGACUGACGAGAUUGUAAUGCAUUCUUGCGCAAAGUUCUCAUCCAUGCCACAUGUUUCUUCACUUAGCAAAAUAAUUGCAGUGUUUUUGAAAGUUUAGCAAGUGAUUCUUGUAACUGUUUUGUAAAUUUUGCGCAACUUGCAUGAAAAUUCAAUACCAAGUAGCCCAUUUGUCUCCUCAUUAAUGUUCCAAUGAAGUUGUGUGUUUGCAGUGAAAAAACAAAAAAAAAAUGCUUAUGUGAGGGCUUGCUUUAGUUAUUUAACCAUUUCUAAAUGCCACUAAUGUUGCAGAAACUCAAGAAAUCAACUGCCAAGGUGUCUGAAAUAUCAGCGUUCUUUUAACAGCAGCAAAAAUAACCAAGAUUUUUGUUAUCCCCUUCUUUAAGAACUUCGUAAUGUUAUAGUAAAUGCCAUAAUUUCCCCAAUCCUUCUUUAAAAUAGGUUUGUUACUACCUGUGAUGUACACUAGCAUUUUCAGCUAAUCCAUAAUUAUCAGUGCAGUCAUUGUUCACCUGUAAUAUGAGAUUUUUUAUUUUGUUGCAGCAGGUGUAAUGUCGGCUGCUUUUUUUUUUCCUCUAGGCAGUGUGUGGCAGAUACUUAGCCACUAGCAUUGAAUCAUAAUGAAAAGCUUUGUUUCUGCACAUCAGGGUCAUUGUAAGAUUUGCAAUCAAGGAAAGUUUAAGGUGCAUUUUAUCCCCAUUGAAAAGUGAAGAUUGUUGUAGUACAAAAGACAUUUGGGUAAAUGGGCGUAUUCGUGAGCAGAGCACAAGUGGAAUAAUUUGACAUUUUUGGAUUUUUGCUCUUUUCCCUGCCCCCAAGUUUUUGCCACUUUGUUUUCAUGUUUUUCAUGAACGUGCAUGCCAAAUAAAUUGACAGUAAUCUGUCAUGUUGUGUUUUGACCGUUGGGUGCUCACGCAGCUUAAACCAAAGCAUGCCAGUCAGCGCGGCAUUUCCUUUGGCACUUUGUGUUGUAUGCUAAGGCAAAACUUGUUGCAUGCAUACUAUUCAGUGGUAUUUCAUAACUUUAUUCUGUUAGGCAAAGUGGAAGAUUUCACUGCUGUAUUUUGCCCAGUUUACCUAUUAGUUUUCUCCUAGUCUGGUAUGGGGAUACAGGCAAUUAGCAGUAAAUGGAGGGCUACAGCAGACUGCCAGCUCAAAUUGUAGCCAAAGUCUUUUGGCACUGACUACAGGCUGCUCCAACUGGAGCUUCAUUAACCCUUGGUGCUGAUUACCAGGCUGGCUUUUACACAGCUUUUGCCUUGCAUAGUAAUAUUUAGUCUUCUGUCUAUAGUGUACUUUUGGCAUCUGCACUAAUAUGUUUUCUUUCUUUCUCGCAGCAGUGUCAAAUAACAUUCAUAAACUAGUAAUCUGAAGGUUUUAGUUCGCAUUUGUUCUAGCUGAAUACCUCAAAAUAUUAUGUCAUCUACUUUAAGGGGUUGACAUUGUCUAGUGAGCAUUCCCCUACCUGAAGACAUGACCAACUUACUUCACAGGUGCCACUAAGACAAGCAGUGGACAUAUAGUGCUCUGAUAGGCGUGAGCAAUGAUUCACAUGAGAAUCUCGGUGAUACGAAUCUCUUGGGCGGGCGAAAAAAAAAAAAUUAUCACCCAGAGCGUAAAAAAAAAAGUGAGGGAAAAAAACUGGAGAAGCUGCAAUAAAAUUACCAACUGGUCAAAAAAAUUUUUUUUUCUGCAAUCCUGGGGCUUUCCUUUGUCACAUGGUGAAAUAAUGCGAAUGCUGAGCUGGAUGUACGAAAAUUGCACUUAAAGUGCGUUUUUCUGUCUUCUUUUUUUCUUCUUUUAAGAAAGGGCGUCUGCAGGUGUCGUGCCGCUGACCGCGCAGCUUUCCGUUCACGCAGCACCGCCGUCUUCGUAUCGCCCUAAGUACGAGAGGUUGGAACUUCAGGCAGCCGCAGUAGUGUAUUUCUCUGUACACAAAUAAAAGUAAAAGCGAGCGCGAAAAAGGAAAAAACAAAAAAGCGUCGCGAUUCGUUGCUGCAGUCGCGUGGUGCGCAGGAAGCGCUCCCAUUGGCUUACACGAACUUGAAUGACUCGCAUGCUUGUUUCGUGCACGUUUUGGCAGCAGCGACCUUCACACGCUACGCGUGUACCGAGGCUGACAUCUGAAGAUCCGCCUGGUUAUCUCAAGUUUCUUUUGUUGUUGCAUCUUAGCUGCUGCCUGAUGGUGAUAAGGACAUGAUUUGCGCAAGGGAAUUUUUGCGGCGGUGAAGCUACUUCGUAUCGUGCGACCUGACUGCUGCAAAGGUAGCAAAGUUUCAAAUUGUCAUCGGCCACCGAAGACAGCGGAAAGCGUGGGAUACAGAGAUAAGGUUACCCAUCGAAGCAAAUGCCUCUGAUCUUGCUGACGCGGCAAGACUAGGUUGCGUGCUAUCGGGAACCAGCACUGGCCAGGAGGCACUAUGACAGCUUUAGCGGGCAACUAAAAUAUGCUGACACCGUCCGGUAGGAAGGCUAUGAAGAUUGUACGGCAUAUUUAACGAUAACGGACGCGCGCCUAUAUCAACAUUUGUUUUGCCCAAGGAUAUUGAAGAAACACUGGUGGAGUGGAAACGAUGUCCCAAAGGUGGAGCCGCACAGGAGGGGGACGAUAAAACUAUAAAUAAACAAUAAAAAAUGGUGAAGCGCUUUUCGCGCACUUUCCACGAGUUAAUCAACCUCCUUGGUUAAUCGGCUUAUUUUACUAGACAGAUACUUAUUUACGUAUAUCUAUGUAUUACUGGUUUUAGUGUGAAAUCUGAAUAUCCUGGCAUACUGUAUUGGGAAGAACGUCAUGAAUAUUCAGAAGAAGUUAUUUUCGUUGGGAACAACCAGCUUUUAUUUUCUAAUUAGCCUAGCAUUACAAUAACAGUCAAAACACUUAAUCUCUUAGCGGAGAUCACCCAACAAGGCCCUAUUUCAGGUGAAGGAGGGGCAAGCAUUGGCUUCACCUUACUUUGUAAGAAGCUACGAGAGCUUCCACUCCAGCAGCUUUGAACUCCUUUGCCGGGUGUGUUGAGCGCAUGUGCUGCUACGCCCUCGCACGUAGGUUCCCUGUCAUGUGAGGAGCCGUGAAAAGUGCGUCUCGAGACGAUUGGUGAAUUUGCUGGCACGAAAUAACGGUAUGUGCUACUGAAAACUGUCCACCGCUCGCCAGGCUGAGUUAGGGUGCUGCUGUUGGCACGCAAAACUUGAGCACUGGUUGCCUCUUGCCGGCUCCUGAUAAAGUUGCAAGGCGUUUGAAAACAACUGACUUCACGAUACUGCAAAAAGAAAGCGAAGGAUUGCAUAGAAAUGUAAACAAACUCGCUGGCAAAGGACUACUGUCCCAGCAGGCUGUAGGUGCAUAAGGCUUUCUUGCAAUGAUAAAGUUCAAUUUUUUUUAGGUUUACUGCGCAGUUAAAAAAAAAAAAAGAAAGGUGCUUUAUAACACGCAUGGAUUUAUAAACAUUGCAGGGUAUGGGGCGAGAGAUAGCGUCCGCACACUCGCUGAGGCGGAGUCAAGGCGACGUGACGUAGGUCACCCUUUCAACAAGAAUGUGACAGGCGCAUCGGCGCGGCCGCUCUGCCGGCUCUGCAAGCCAGUGCCUGGCGCUACCGGUGUGCGAACGCCUGCUUGUCAGGGAUCAUGCAGCGACUCUGUUGUUGGUACAAUUACUGCGGUGCGAAAAGCGGUUCGCAACAUCUGAAAUUUAGCAUGCUAUAAGCUAAUUGACUUGGGACUUUCGAAAAAAUUCGUAUCGGGCGUGAUCGUAUCAUCGAGAUUCGACUUAUUUGCAAACACCUCUAGCAGUAUUUUUAAAAAGUUGACAAUUUCAAGACUUGUCACACUGGCAUUUCACAUGUAUCCAAAAUGGGAACACGAAAGAGGAAGGUUGUGCUGUUCUUAGUCAAGAAGCAGAAUGGUUCAGCAUGCAUUUUUCAAGUUUGCCACAUCACAAACAUGGUGCCAAAAAACGGAUGUGCGGGGGUGGGAAAGAACACCUAUUUUUUUGACCAGCUGUUACUACUGCAAUUUUUUAUAUCGCUUCGACAAAACUUUUAAAAUGCAGUGUUUUUGUCAGAUGGAGCUACACUGUUGUGCCGAUUUUCAAAAGUUAAACUUUAUACAAAAGAAAAAAAUUGUCAAAAAUUGAGAGGUUCAUUGGUUGUAUGGAUGUUGCACGUUUUGACUAACUGAAUAAACUGAGUAUUACUGUGA